GUAGUUUUCUGUUCCGAUAGUACAUUAAUACUGUCUUAAGUGUUUUUAGACCAAUUUACACUUGAUUAUAAGCUAUUUCAUUUUUACAUUUUGUUCCUACAGUAUACAAGCCUGAAACAACAAUGCCGAAAAGAAGCAAAGCUAACAGUGGCACUGAAGCAACCGGGCCGAAGAGAAGGUCUGAGAGACUUCAAACUAAACCCCAAACGUCAAAGCCGGAGCCAAAGCCAAAGAAGGCACCUGCAAAGGGCAAAAAGGCUAAGGCAGUAGAAAAGGCCAAACCAGAGGCUAAAUCUGAGGAGAAGACCCCUGCGGAGAAUGGAGAUACUAAAGCUGAUGAAGGAGCAAACGCUGAUGGAGAGGAGAAAUAAUGAGGAGAAAUAGACCAGAAAGAGAGCUGCUAAAUAACACCAGAGCUCCCAUACCUCUUUUCUUGUACAAUACAGAGGAAUAUUUUUUAUGACUAUUUUCUAAGAAAGCAUGUUUUUUAGUUCAAUAUUAAAAACUCAUUUUAUUAAAAAAAAAA